CGCACGCGCCGGGUAGCGGAUCUUCCCCAUCACAAGCAAAAUGGCGACUGAGCGGACAGCCGACCCGGCUCGGCGCGGUGACUGACAGGGGAGGCAAUACGUUUCACUCGACCAGACUCAAAACAGUCACGUUGUGAGGCGACUGGAUAAACGCACGGAACGAUGGCUACCACAUGAAUGCAGUAGCACCGGUAGAUGACAACCGACGAAGCUGCGCCCGGAAGACUAAAAAUAACGUUUCCAACUGGGGCACUUGGUGGUAAUGGGAAACGAUGGAGGAUAAAGGCCCUCGUGUAGCUGACUAUUUUGUGGUGGCUGGACUGACGGACUCAUCCAAGCCUUUGGACCAGGAAAUCCACUUUGACGAUGCCUGCCACAAAACUGCCAAGCCCAAGUCGCCCAUCACUGAUGUGGCUGUGGUGAUUCGCUCAAUCGGUGACGAGGUGCCACCAGGAUUUACAUGCAUAGAGACGACACCAAGUGGACAUUCUGCUGAUCUCAAUAAUGGAGGGCUGAUGGCACCCCAGAUUUUCCUAUGCUUCAGGCGAGGUUGUGACAAGCCACCACUCAUUGACCUGGGCGUCCUCUAUGAGUGGAAAGAGAGACUAAAGCAAGGCUGCCACCUUAUCCAGACAACCCCCUCUGGUCGCCCAGCCAACAUCAGUGGAAACUCUUCCCAACGCAUCUAUGUCACCUACCGGAGGGCACCUGAAAGCCAAUCACAUGCUGCUCUUGCUGUUACCGACAUCUGUAUCAUUAUCCCAAGCAAAGGAGAGACUCCUCCCCACACCUUCUGCAAGGUGGAGAAGAAUCUUAACAGCAGUAUGUGGGGCUCCUCUGUCUACCUAUGUUAUAAGAAGUCCGUGACCAAAACCAACUCGAUAGCAUACAAAGCAGGACUAUUCAGCAGAUAUCCAGAAGAGGACUAUGAGUCAUUCCCACUGCCAGUAUCUGUUCCUCUCUUCUGCCUUCCCAUGGGGGCCACAAUUGAGUGUUGGCCCAUGAACACCAAAUACUCACUCCCUGUUUUCUCUACAUUUGUCUUGACUGGAGCCUCUGGAGAGAAGGUAUACGGUGCUGCCAUACAGUUCUAUGAGCCCUACCCGCAAGAGUGUCUGACUGAUCAACAGAGGUCCCAGCUGGGUCUACUUAACACAGAUACACCCAAAGCCUCCCCCUGCGACAGCCCAACUGAUGUCACCAACCAUACCACUUCCCACACCUGCUCCGUCUACACCAACAAAUGUAUCUGCUUGCUUUCUCACUGGCCCUUCUUCGAUGCUUUUCGCAAGUUCCUUACCUUCCUGUAUCGGUAUUCCAUCUCUGGCCCUCAUGCCUUGCCAAUUGAGAAGCACAUUUCUCAUUUCAUGCACAAAGUUCCCUUCCCUUCUUCUCAGAGGCCUCGCAUCCUGGUGCAGCUUUCACCUCAUGACAGUCUGAUGUUGAGCCAGCCAGUAUCAUCUCCAUUACAACUCAGUGGUGGACGUUUUUCCACGUUGCUCCAGAACCUUGGUCCAGAGAAUGCCAUCACCCUGCUGGUGUUUGCUGUCACUGAACAAAAGAUUUUAGUUCACUCAUUACGACCCGCAGUACUGACCAGUGUAACCGAAGCUUUGGUGUCUAUAAUCUUCCCCUUCCAUUGGCCUUGCCCAUAUAUUCCUCUUUGCCCCCUGGCACUGGCUGAUGUGUUAAGUGCCCCAUGCCCGUUUAUCGUAGGAGUGGACUCUCGGUAUUUUGAACUUUAUGACCCUCCACCAGAUGUGAACUGUGUUGACCUGGACACAAACACCAUAUUCCAUAAUGAAGAUAAACGGAACCUCACGUGGAAGAUCUUGCCCAAGAAAGCCUGUAAAAACUUAAUGAAUGUGCUGAACAAUCUUUACCAGCAACUAGUUGAUGGUCAGUAUCAGUCUGAUAGCUUGCUAGAGCUCAGCAUCAGUGAUUUAUCAGAAUUAAGUUGUGGAAAAAGUCUCCAUACUGUGGAGCUUGAGAUCCAGGAAACCUUUCUGCGCUUCAUGGCAGCAAUUUUAAAGGGAUACCGUUCCUUCCUGCGACCUAUUACCCAGGCACCAUCUGAGAAAGCCACAGAUGCCAGCUCACUCUUUGACUUGAACGGGUUCUUGAAAAGCCGUGACCGCUCCCACCAGAAAUUCUACUCGCUGAUGACCAGAACCCAGAUGUUCAUCCGCUUUAUUGAGGAAUGCUCUUUUGUUAGCGACAAAGAUGCCAGUCUGGCCUUCUUCGAUGACUGUGUGGAAAAACUGUACAGCUCUGAUCGGAGUGCCGAAAAGGGGGUCAAGGGAGAUGCUGACAGGCCAGAAGAAACCAGGUUGAUAGAGACGGAUGAUUCCCACCGAAGUGAGCACACGGUCUUCAUCACACCUCCAGAGUUGCCUCCUCUGCCUGAAGACAAAGAGCAUCCACUAUGCUACAGAUAUGAUGGCUUCCCAGUGCUAAGUCUUGACCUGUUUGACCCAGUCGAGGGGCUCCAGACCCCAGCUUCCCGCCUCAAUGCCAGGCACAGCUGUCCCACCAGCCCUGCACCCAUGUUUAGGCGCAGCAAGCAGGAGAUUAAAUCAGCUCAGAAAAUAGCCAAAAAGUACUCAUCCAUCCCCCAGCUAUGGUCUAUGUGCCUCCUCCGCCAUUGUUACGGCCUUUGGUUCAUCUCCCUGCCUGCAUAUGUGAAGGCUUGCCAUUCUAAGGUGCGAGCGCUUCAUACUGCCUAUGAUGUCCUCCGUAAAAUGCAGUCCAAAAAGUUGCAGUCACCCGAUGAGGUGUGCUACAGAGUGCUGAUGCAGCUUUGUGGACAAUAUGGUCAGCCUGUCCUUGCUGUCAGGGUCCUCUUUGAGAUGAAGAAAGCUGGAGUCCACCCCAAUGCAAUCACAUACGGCUACUACAAUAAGGCAGUGUUGGAGAGCACAUGGCCAACCAGCACUAGAGGAGGCUACUUCUUAUGGAUGAAGUUACGAAAUGUUGUUCUGGGUGUGGCUCAGUUUAAACAGUCACUACGGAAACAUGCCCCUCUUACUCAGAGUCCGCUGUCAGAUGGCAGCGAUAUUGAUGCUGUCAGUCAUGGCAGCCUCGAUAGCGCUGCUGACACGACCCUGAACGAGCAGGUCCCUUACAACGCUGAUGCCAUCAAAGUCGAUCCGACUGAUGAUAGAUCUAGUACAGUCGGCCAUGUGGGCAGCAGCGUGGGCGCCAGUGCCCGCUCACGCUGGGGGCGCUCUGAGCACAGAAAACCCACCCCCAAUCCAGGAGAUCAAUCAGAUUUGGGAUAUGAUUCACUGUCCAAAGAGGAGGUUCGCAGAGGAGACACACAGUUGGGCUCCGUGCCUGACAAGGAUGAUAAGAAAGAGAGUGACUGCAGCUCUUUAUCGGAAACAGAGAGUGCCAAGGGAAGUAAAGACUGUCUUCCUCAGCUGGACAUGGAGAUGAAUUCAUCCUUACAUUCCCACUGCAUUGUUAGAAGAAGCUCUCAAUAUGACAAUUCAAAAUCUAGACCUAAGACCUCCGCAAGCACAGGCCACGUUGCAGGUCUUCUCUUCACUUCUUCUUUGGAAGAAAUCGGUGAGAUUCAGUCGAAUACCUUGCUCAGGAGACACAAAAGUACUCUGGAAGAAGUUGUCGACUGUGGCUCGGCUCUUGACUGGCGGGUUGUAAGCGGGCCUUAUAUGAGUAGUGACAAAGUUAACUGCUAUAGUCGCAGCACCACCGUCCUUGGUCUGAGUAUGAGGCAGGGUGAAAUCGACCCGGUUAAAAUUGCACAUCUAGAACAUCUUGGCGCUGAUGCCAAAAUUCUGUCUAAUACCAAACUUGGUAAGAGCAAGAGGCCUCCGUCAUUGACAUUGAGUGGUUUCGAGGAAACUGCUGUCACAAGAACUUGUAAAGCUGACUCCAGUGAUGAAGACACAAAUAACACAGAGGCUAUUUUUGAUUUGGAAGACUUGGAUUUGGAUAAAACUACCACAAGAACUGGAAUGACUUCUCACAAAACCUGCAGAUCUAAUAAGAAUCAUGCUGAAUGCAACCCAGGUUGCUGUGGCAUGAGCAACAUGGCAUCAAGUGCAACUGUGAACCGCACAGACAUAGAGACUGGCUAUGACCCUUUAUCCCUGCUAGCUGCAGCUUCACAGUCGGAGCAGCAAAAGGAGCAUCCGUGCACAGAUGACGACACCACACCCACUGCCAACCGACAUUUGGCAAGGGAAAUAGAGCUUUAUAUGAAGCACAUGGGGAGCCCACUCAGCAGUCGCACACCAAGCUUGGACCUGCAGGACCCGGCCAGCCCCCUCAUCUUUCACCCUACUUCACGCCAUGUUACCCGGAGAGCUAGCUUACCCCAUAGCUCUCCCUUCAGGACUACAGCAGUGGCACGGUCUCGCACCUUCUAUCCUCCCUCGCCGCCCCAGCCUGUAUUACAUCAUCAUCUGUGGUCAUCACCUCCUUGUCACAGCGCUAGCACCACCCCUAGCCCUUGUCCUAGCCCAAGGACUUAUAGGAAGCAGACAAAUAGGAUGCAAGUUGCCACUCCCUCACCAUCCUCCUCCUCUUUUGCUCUUGACACACUGCUGACACCAACACUGGAUGUUUUCAAAACCAGUGUGUUCUCUGCUGGGAAAGGUGUGGCAGAGAAGGCUAGCCGUUGGUACUCGCUUUUGACUACAUACAACACACCAACCAAGGACACACACCGUCUCAGUGUUUGCUCACUCGAUGUUGAGGAUCCCGAUUGCUUCCCUGUUCAAGAUGAGGAGCACAAAAGAGAGUCAAGGAGCUAUAUGGUUUCCCCACAAAAGAAUGGGCCUCUUGGCCCAAAGGGAUCUGGAAGGAGCCCUUUCCACAGGGGACUAAACAGUCCCACUGCAUCAUCAAGCCUCAAAAGACCAACAACUCUGGUUCCUGGUGACCUCUCACCUCCUUUGUCAGAUGUGGGUUCCUCGCGCUACACCAGCAACACCAGCAUCUUCAAUAACUACGCAAUGGAGCUGUUGAUCUCAAGCUGUUCACGCUGUAAGACCUGCGAUUGUCUGGUCUACGACGAGGAAAUCAUGGCUGGUUGGACAGCUGAUGACUCCAAUCUAAACACCAUCUGCCCCUUCUGUGGAAACCCCUUCCUGCCUUUUCUAAACGUGGAGAUUAGGGACACGAGAGGACCCGGCAGGAUGUUCUUAAAGGAAAGCGCGUCAAUGGAUGAGGCGAUGAGCUCUUCAUAUUCUGCCUCAACAGGCUUUGACACAGGGACAUCCACAUUGUCCACCCCUUGUCCCAACACUGCUAUCUCUCCACCCUCCCCUGUAAUAUCUAUUCAUGACCGUUCCGCAAAAUCAAGAACUCUAUCCACCAGAUCUCACGGUCUAUACAUCCCCUCAGAGUGGCGCCUUUGUUCUGGAAUGGCAAUGGCCCGAAGCGUCAGUGCCUUCGCUCCUGGAGAGGAAACAUCCCAAUGCAACCAUUUCUUGCCGAUCUCUGGCAGUUUACCCAGCCGGCUGAACGAGACCACUGACCCUUUGAGUAUGGACUGGCGUCUCCACAACCCUGAGCCAGUGACGGUUCCCUACUUGAGCCCACUGGUGCUGUGGAAGGAGUUGGAGAGCCUUCUGGAGAAUGAGGGUGACCAAGUGAUUACAGAGGCUGACAUGGUGGACCAUCAUCCUAUCAUCUUUUGGAACCUCGUGUGGUACUUUAGGCGGCUGGACUUGCCCAGCAACCUGCCAGGACUCAUUCUCACCUCUGAACACUGCAAUAAGGGGUCCCAGGUCCCUCGUCAGUGGAUGUUAGAGGACAGUAAACAUGUGUUGAUCCAGAUACUGUGGGAUAACUUGAAGCUGCAGCAGGACCCCGUACAGCCUUUUUACAUUCUCUGGAACACGUACAGGCUUAAAUGUACUCUGUUGUUAGAAAAUGUGGGCUACGCUGUGUCCCGGACCGUUCCAAAAGAGGAGAAGGUGUUCACAGAGGAGCUGCUGCACAGUGUGGUAAAGAGCAUCCAGAGGAAUGAUGUCAGCCGGCCAAUGACUCAUCUACUUGAGCUACAGAACCACACUCUCGGUCUCAAAAGGCAAAGGAGUUUGUACAGAGACCUCCUCUUCCUGUCCCUGGUGGCUCUGGGUAAAGACAACAUUGAUAUCGAUGCCUUCGAUCGAGAAUACAAGCUGGCGUACGACCGCCUGUCACCAAGCCUGGUGAAGCUCACGCGCAACUGCGACCGCCCGCCCAGCACGGGCGUCAUGGAGUGUCGUAGGACGUUUGGCGAACCUUACCUCUAAAGUUCAUCAAGAUGAGCUCAGGAAACCUGCCGUCCUGUUUGUGAAUAAAAAAAAUAUUCACCAUGUAGCCAUCCUCUCAUUUGUACAGGGAUCAUCUCCACUGAGCCUCCUCAAAGAAAGACUGUUACUACGCACCAGAAGACUAUUUUUCAAGGCAAUAUUUUUCACGAAAACAUGGCAUGCAAAUCUAAAAGGAAUGAUAUUUUCAAAUGAAUUCUAUUUAUACAAAGUCAGAUGUAUUUAUUCUAAAGUCAUCUGUUGAUUCUACUGUGGUUGUAAGUUUGUUACAGUUAGUUUCUGACAUAUUGAUGGGAGUGUGACUUGAAUAGAAAUGACCACUCAGCCACAAUUCUGAUCUGAGCACCCAAGAUAACAAUUUGUUUACCUUUUGUAGCUUCGGUUGAUCGGUACAUCUGGAGUGGGAUUAAUGCACAUCACUUGGGUUUUGGACGCAUUUAUGUUCAGCCCUACCUGUUGGGUGAAUUUGUUCAAUCUGUCAGUUUUGUCCUGCAGAUGGAUGUGCUUUGGUGCAAGGACAUCAAGAUCUAGAUCUUCAAGUUGAGAGAACAAAGUCCACUGAAUACCCCUGGGUCUGUCAGUUGUAUUCUGCAUGACCACGAGAAUGGGGGAAAUAGUACAACCUUGCCGCACACCUGACUUCACAGUGAACCAUGUAGAUAGCUCACAAUGCCGCUGCAUUCAAAGUGACAGUAGAACAUUCCUAUGAGAGUGAUCAGCUUUGGAGAGACUCCAUAGGCCCUAACGGUCUUCCAUAGGGUGUCAAUGGUGUAGGUUGCCAAAGGCUUUAUGAAAGUCAAUGAUGUGCAGAGGAGUGUUCCAUUCUACACACUGUUCGAUAAUGUUCCUCAGAGAGAAGAUCUGGUCUAUGCAGAUUUUGAUCUUUCUUCAAUUCUUUGCCAGGUGUUAACCAUUCUUUGUUCCCUCUCUUUCUAUAACCCAAGACUUUGGUGCCUGCCCCUACGUAAGACUUUUUGAUGUUCUCCCACCUGCCUUGGGUGUCCAACUCUUUGUCUGUAGGUUUGGCGAGAUCAGUGAAACGCUUCUUCAGUUCAAGGCUGAACUCUUUGUUGAUCUUAGGGCAUCUUAGAUUGGCUACAUCAAGAUGUUUCCUACGUUGACUCCGUGGUACAUACAAUGAUGGCGAGCUUACAGUGCAUGGAGUUGAAGCGGGCUCUGAUCAGCCUUUCGCUGAGGGGUUCCCAGUCCAGCAAGGUGUUGACCUUCUCCUUUGAGACUAUGAGGGCCACGCCGCGCAUGUGUUGAUCGGAGUGCCCAGAGUGCAGGAUAACUGUGCCAUCGCUCAUCCCCUGGUGUCCAGAACCGGUCUAUCAGCAUUCACAUAUUCCCAGGAUGUCCAACCUGUUUCUUCUCAUUCCACUCGGGACCUGAGCUGUUUUGGAUGUGUAGAACAUGGUACGGACAUUCCAUGCACCCAGGUGGAUCGUAGUUUUGGGUCCCUGUAGGCUGCCUAGCAUGCUGCUGACUUCCUGUUAAAGGCUUUCAUUAGGGGCGGUCAUACUGCCAAUAGGUUGGCUAGAGCCUACUGUGAGGUCCAUGGUAGUAUAGUUUGUAGAGGUUUCCGUAACGGUCGUGUCUUUUUAAGGGGUGGGGUUGUUGAUGAAAGAUUCAUUUUUUUUGUCAUAGGUGAUACGGCAUGACUCCUUGUGAAUGGCCUGAAGUCAGCCUUCUCAAUCACUCAAAAGUUCCAGAAUUUGUCCCAAUGGCCUCUCAUUUUGCCUGCAUUUAUGCACAGCGGCGUUAUUUGCACACAUUGAUUGACAUGUGCAAGCCAAUAGUAUAUGACAUGACACCCAAGAAUCAACUUACAGUGUAUCCACAAAUGUCGCUGCCAUAUUAGAUGGGGCAAAAUAGAGCAGGCAGUAAAGAUGCCAUAUUGUUUUGCUGCUUGGAAAUGUACCAACUGUUCUACACUCCUAGCAAGAUCUUAGACUUAGACAGUUAACGCUGACUUUUGAUUGUAUUGGCAAAACAAAUACAAUUUGCUGACUUAAUACUCGGAAUAAAUACAUUUACAGGAAUAAAACUGAAUUCCCACAUCUGGCCUAUUAAAUGAAAUUGCCCCAAGGUAACUGCUCUGUUGUGAGUUACCUACCUUAACGUUUCUAAGACUGUGGCUUUCUUAAAGGUAAAGAAAUGAGAAAGCAAAAAUACUACAACAUUUGUAAUCACCAUAACAGUGUUAUAUAUUGGUAGCUGUCAAAUUUUUACCGCACAUAUGGUACCGGUAUGUUGGUUUGGGGCUGACUUCUAUCAUGUCCAUUAAUAAUCAUCAGCUUCAACUUUAGUAUGUUGUCUAUGUGUUUUUACUGUGUGAAAGGGUGAAUGAGCUGACGCAUUGGCGCAACAGGCCAAGCUGGUCAAGACUUUGUAUAUAGUGUUAGUUUCACACCCAUGUGCAUAUCCCUCUAAAAUGUAUUUUAAAAAGGGAAUGACUGAAUUAAAAAAAAAAGAAAUGCACCAGUGAGCCACCACCAGUGGUCCUAAAACUUCACAGAGAACCAAAUGACUCGCAUUCGGUUAAAGUCUGGCAAUAUGAAUUAUAAGUAGCUGGUAAAUCUUGCAUAAUGAAAGUAACCACUUAUUAUGCAUGUCUUUAGUGUUGUGGUGGUUGAAGGAAGCCCUUAUGUCAAGAAGGUCUUAUGAAAGUCAACCACAUGGAAGAACACGUUGUUUAAAGUGCUGCACUUUUGCCCAUAAAAAAGUAGGCUGAUUUUAACUUGAACUAGCUCACUGAUGGCAACAGUUUGGAAAAGCUGACAUUGUUCAUCUGUAAAAUGGAAAAUGUGUAAAGGAAUGACUCAACAAGCUACAUUUUGAUGUUUUGUUUGAAAAACAUAUAUAUACAGUAUGUAAGUAAGAGUUAUUCACACUUGUGCCGAGUGUGGUGAUGGUUCUGUGAAGGACCACACGUUCAGGGCUCUUUGAAUUUAAAUAAAGUUAUAUAAUCUCA